GCGUCAACAGCGCCGCCUCAGUAAAACUUGGACCGUGGACACAAACGUUUCGGUACCGAUUAGGCUGAUUUUCGACCGAGUGGCAAUAGGUGGACAAGAGAGAAGUUUGGUGCCCCGGGACUUAGCCGCGUACGCGCGUAAAAGUGUGUAUGCAUCGUGAGUCGCGCGACGAACAAUACCGUGCCAGAUAUGUUUCCUCGCGGCCACUGCGGGAAACCCCUCGCCGCGAGAAUGUUAAGGGAAUAAUCGUGUCGCGCAAGUGUCUCUCGCUGGCAGAGAAGACAGACGACGACGACAACCGUGUGCUCGGUUCGCCUCCGUCUCGUUCGCUCUUGUACGCGCGUUGCAACAACCCCCUUUUCCCUCUCCCUCCAGCCUUCGUAGCCCCCUUCUUCCUCACCCGUCCCGCCACUCCUCUCUGGGUCCGUUGGUCGCACCGGGACGACGUUUACCGUGCGUCACGGGAAACGGCAUUGGGAGGAGACAGAAGGUGACAGCCCUCCCGCGGAAUUUAUGGUGCGCACGGGCGAAACGGUGAAGUGAGUGGUGUCACACAGUGAAGUGAGUGCGACAGCACCGACUUUGCCCAGACGACCGGCGAACAAUCGAACGAGUCCCUUAUCGCUUUCGGCUGCUAUAGGCAGAGCCAGGGAGAAGAUGCCGGGCCUAAUCGCCGUCAGCGAGUUCGUCGAGGAGACGAGGGAGGACUACAAUUCGCCCACCACGUCCACCUUCGUCUCGCGAAUGCCACAAUGCAGACAGACCAUCACGUCCCUCGAGGAGACGCUGGACUUCGACAGGGACGGCCUGACGAAGCUGAAGAAAGCGAUCAAAGCCAUUCACAACUCUGGAAACGCUCACGUCGAUAACGAGGUGUACCUUGGAAGGGCGUUGGAAAGGCUCGGUGAUGCGGCGCUGAAAGAACAGGAACCGGAUAUCGGCGCCGCUUUCUUAAAGUUUGCGGUCGUCACGAAAGAAUUGAGCGCUCUAAUGAAAACGCUGAUGCAAAACAUCAACAACAUCGUGAUGUUCCCGCUGGACUCGGUGCUGAAGGGGGACCUGAGAGGCGUGAAGGGCGACCUGAAGAGACCGUUCGAGAAGGCGUGGAAAGACUACGAGGCGAAAUACGCGAAAAUCGAGAAGGAGAAGAAGCAGCACGCGAAAGAGGCUGGCCUCAUUCGGACGGAAGUGACGCCGGCCGAGAUCGCCGAUGAGAUGGAAAAGGAGAGACGAUUGUUUCAAUUGCAAAUGUGCGAGUAUCUGAUCAAGGUGAACGAAAUCAAAACCAAGAAGGGAAUUGAACUACUUCAGCAUCUAGUCGAAUAUUACCAUGCGCAAACCAAUUACUUUCAAGACGGCCUAAAAACGAUCGAACACUUUGGUUCCUAUGUGGCGGACCUCAGCGUGAAGUUGCAGAAGAUCAGGCAGACUCAGGACGAAGAGAGGAGACGACUAACAGAGUUGAGGAACCUCCUCAGGAGCUCCGGUUGUGACAAAGAAUUAAAUGUGAACGCGAAUGCAGGAUAUUCGCUUCAUCAGUUACAAGGGGAUAAGCAGCAUGGUGUCACUCGGUCGGGACACCUUCUGAAGAAGAGCGAGGGCAAGAUGAGGAGGGUAUGGCAGAAGAGGAGAUGCGCUGUACAAGCGGAGGGUUAUCUUGAUAUUUGUCACGCAGACGAAAAUAAGCCGCCCACACGAGUGAAUUUAUUAACCUGCCAAAUCAAGCUAGUACCGGACGACAAGCGGGGUUUUGAUCUCAUUAGCUACAACAGAACGUAUCACUUCCAAGCAGAAGACGAGGCAGACCAACGUGCGUGGAUGUCCGUCUUGGUCAACUGCAAAGAACGAGCUUUGCUCCGAGCAUUUGACGCCAGUGGUAAAGCAGAGGCUGGCAGUGGCAAUCCGAGUUUAGUUGAACUGCAACAGGCCGUGAUCCGAUGCGUUAUGAGGUUACCGGGAAAUGAUCAGUGUUGUGAUUGCUCCUCACAAAAUGAUGCUACGUGGCUGUCCACAAAUUUUGGCAUAAUCGUGUGCAUAGAAUGCAGUGGUAUUCAUCGAGAUCUAGGAGUACACAUAUCCAGAAUACAAUCCCUAACACUCGACAAUGUGGGCACAGCUCAACUACUGCUUGCGCGACAUAUGACUAACCAGGCGUUCAAUGAAGUGAUGGAAGCUACGUUGCAUCAUAGUCACAAGCCAACUCCAACAUCAUCGAUGGAAGAUAGAUACGACUUCAUAAGAGCCAAAUACGUGGACAAAAGGUAUGUAAUGAGCACAUGCGCGGAUGAAAGGGAUCUUCUGUCCGAUCUGGAACACGCUGUAAAUAAUCGUGACCUACAACAACUUCUGCAAGUUUAUGCCGAGAACGUGGAUCUGGCAGCGCCAUUACCUACUUCGGACGUGGGUGAAACGGCUUUGCAUUUAGCCAUUUUACGCGAAAUGGGAAAUAGCUUACACAUCGUUGAUUUCCUAGUGCAAAACAUGUCAACAGGUGGAACAGAUAGGACUACCAUCGACGGAGAAACAGCAUUGCACCUUUGUGCAAGGCAUGACAGAGCGGAGGCGAUGAAACUUCUGCUACGUGCAGGCGCCGAUCCUACGCAUCGAAACAAACAGGAUAAAACUCCACUAGAUAUUGCGCAAGAGAUGGGUCACCAUACUUGCAAAGAACUGCUGAGCCAUGCUCUGCAAAGACAGAAAACGUUAUUCGACAAUGUUAACAUUGAAUGGAACCUCUCGCAUGACGAAGGCUCCACUGACUUUUCUGAUGACGAAACUAUAAUAGAGGACAGGAAUGGAUGUUUGACGCCAGAGAAGAAAUCCCGCAGUAGACCGCCAUCUUAUGUGGGUGGUGGUGGCAGUGGUGGAGGAACUGGGUCAGGAGACUCACCAGUGACACUGCGAAGUCGAAGCAGCACUUGCGACAGUUUGCAAAGCGGUUCGUCGCCAAGUGCCUCGACGAAUAGGCAACAAAUGCCUCCACCACCUCCACCACAAGCAAGGAAACCUGUUGCUGUACCUGCACCUAUGGCACCGGAUAUUUCAGUCAAUAUUCAUGGGUCACUGAAGAAACGUGUCGCUCCACCACCACCACCACCGGCUGGAAGUACAGGUGGUAUACCCUCCUCUCAUUAUGGUACACUACCUUCGUCCGCGUCCUUAGCAGCGUCAACGCAUAGCCGUACAACGAGCGAACCGAUCUUAGCUGGGCAUUCUUUACAUACUCUACCACAUGCGUUAAAUACAUUAAACAGUCAGCAUCAUAAAAGAUCGCCCAGUGGAGAUUCUUCAACGGGACACGGUGCAGACAAAGUGAACAGCUCGACGCUUCAACGACCGAGAAAUCCUCCACCGCCAGCGCCUUCAGUCAUCAAUUCGUCCAGAUUAAGCAAUGGUCGCAGCAGCGAGUCAUUAAGUUCCAUGUGCUCGGAUCACGGUUUGGGUAAUCCUGUUCCACCACCUCGCAAGCGAAGGGACCGGUCCAGACUAGAGAGCUACGCCGAGGAGCCUUCAUCUUUGCUCCCAAAUCUGAAUCUGCCAACCUCGUCGACUUUGAGCGGACUACGACGUUGUCGAGCUCUGUACGACUGCGAAGCCGAUAAUGAAGACGAGUUGUCCUUUCGGGAAGGGGAAGUCAUCAUUGUCACCAACGAGCAAACCGACGAUGACAAUUGGAUGGAGGGUGCGUUGGAGCGGGCCCCGGAAAGAAGGGGGAUGUUCCCAAUCAGUUUCGUACACAUGUUUCAAGAUUAACAUUCGGUAAGCCUGAACUCAUUGGCAAGUGUCUCCAGUACUGCCAGCACUGUGAGUGUCACAAGCCUCGGCAGGAAAAGUUGGAUGCGAAAGCCGAAGGAUUGAGAGCGUAAAUAACGUCCCAGACACCUUCUUCUCCACAACCGUUGUAUCCCUAAACCAGUUGGCCUCGAACUUUUGUACCUACGUUUCUAUCAUUCUUCUUGAAAACCUUCGAAGCUUCUUGGUUCUACCAAAAAGAUUUGAUUUAUUUGGAUUGCUGCCUUCCUAGUUCACUUGAAGUGAUAUUGUCUAUAAAUCUGUAUGUGCCCUGGUGCAACAGUGUCUUGGAUAGGAUGACAAUCAGGUCAAGAAUUCAGAGUUAUGCUUCGGUUCCUUUGCAUUGACGCUGUCAUGCAAGUACGUUGGAUAUUGCUGCGAGAUUUUGGAGCAUGGUCCUUCUGAAUUAGAAGUGGUGAAUCAAUCAGGAUGGCUAUGAGAUAGGUGAAUAAAGGCUACACAGACUUUCGUCCUUCAAUAACGAAAAAUGAUCCAAAUUCGACUGCAUUAUGUGUUGGAACGUUCUGGUCACUCCUGGCUAUUGAGAGGUAAAUCCCAUAGUAUCUAUUAACUUUAUUGGAUGAAUUGCACGUUUCAGUUUCGCCAUUCUUGUCUACUUCUUUUACGCUGAUACUGCUUAAGAACUCUCGUAAGAUGUUGGUUCACCUGCUUAUUUGCUGUAUCCCUUACUUGUGUAUCUAACAAAGGACCAGAAGGUGCUGAGAAUUCGCUAAACUGAACAAAAGGAACUGUAUGAUCUGAUGGGGUGGUCCCUGAAUGGCCUCGAGUGAAUUGAUCAAUUUCACGGAUUAAAUUUCACGAAAGGGAUGAAUGGAAAAGUUUAAAUUCUAAACGAGGACGAGGAACGCCGAGAAGUGCGUCGAGUGAAUGGUUCGACUGUCACUUUCGUUAAUUGAAAGACUGGAAAGGGGACUCUUCACGGUUUCAAAGCCGAUGUUAACAAAAAAUGUGAUAUAAGAUAUAUUUCAGUAUGAAUCAUUAGUAUUACGAAUCGGGUUAACGAACAAAUUCCACUUCAGUGGCACUGUUGUACGUGCAUUGGUGGCCGGGCAGGCGAUACAUGAUCGGACAGUCCGUUCGUCGUGAAUCACAGUAAUUCGUUUAUAACGAGAGAUAAUGCAGCGGAUACUGGUUUAUCUUGCUGGCUAGUAUCGAUUCUACAAGGUAGAAGAGAUAUUCGUUGUUCGUAAUCAAGAUUAUGUUCAGCAAAUUGUGCACAAUUCAGAACUACAAAAAAGGAAGCGUGGGUGCGUGCGUGAGUGUGUGAAAUGGAAUGGAAGGAACAGAGAGAAAAAAUGGUCUAGCCUCUAAUAUGCAAAUCUUAAAACAUCUGGCGCACACUUCUUUUCUGUACUGCCAAUUACGAGUAUAUACUAUAUGUACUCUAUACAGUCGCGUUCUAGGAGAAAGAAAAAAGAUCGAAAAUUCAUAAAUAUUCUUGUCGUAACGACACAUAACUGACGUUUAAACCGUAAACCUAGGAUGUUUAAAAACAGGUCCUCCACCUCUACGAAGGACAGAAUGUGACAUUAAUAUUGCAUGACACCGAUAGUAUUAUUAGCAUACUCGAUUAAUAAGAAUCACAUCGUUACGACUGUAUGUACAUUUUUGUAAUGCCAUAUUAUUUGUUAGUACAUACAUAAUUACGCGUACACACACGUACAUACACACACGCGCGCGUCUCACAAUGAAUAUAUACACACACACACACAUACGCAUAUAUAUGUAUAUAUAUAUUGCGAAAUAGAAUUAUUGAAAUUAGAGGUUUAUUAGCAUAUAAGUGUAUAUGAAGAGAAUAUUACAGAAGCAAAGAAAAGAAGAGGAGUUUAAAGCUGUGUAUGCGACUCAAUGAUGAUUAUGCGCCGGAAGCGAAUUAAAAAUUUAUUUUUAUUUUACUUGAAAUAUAUACACGAAACCAAAGAAAUGUUCGCAAACGAAAAGAAACAAAGCUGUUUAGCUUAAUCUAUGGAACUGUAUUUCCUCUGGGUGAUAGUAAAAAUUUGCUUACGGCCACCGUAGCCUCUAUAAUUGGAUCAAAGUCGUUAUGGCCGCUCAAGGUCAUGCCUUCAGAUAACAGUUACAUUAUUUAAAAUUUGCAUUUUUCGAGGUUGCAAAUAAAUCAAAUAUUGUUCAUAAAUGAAGAACGAUUGUUGUAUUCUUGUAAAUCUUUUUAUGAAGAAGAAAAUUAAUGAAUAUAAAAUCUUUGUAAAUUGUUCAUAUAUUCGUGAUCGCGUCUAAUCUAACAGAUAGAAAUGGAAAAACUUCGUUCGAUUAUCACGGUAAAAAUGUAUUUGGUGUGAAUGUUAUAUUAAUAAUUUGUUUGAAAUUUGUCCCACUGUGCAGUUAGAAACAGGGUGUACAUAACUGUAUCUAUGCAGAUUAGUAUAAGCAGAUAUGAAAAGUGGAGGGGUAGUAACUUGGUGGUGUCCAUGAUAAUCUUAUUAAAUCAUCAAUCGUGUUUAUGAGCCCCUUCACGCGUGAUCAAAAACACAUUAGACACUGUAUGUAUCGCCCGCCAUCAUGCUGUAGGUGAUAGGUCAUUUUACAUCCAGAGUAAUAUCCUACCGAGUUGCAUUCCUCGUCGUGUACACAGCCUUUUGAAAUUUUGUUUUUUUGAAAGGAUGCGGAGGGACUCUGAAACCAGAGUACAAACAGUGUGACUUAUUACACUCUGGAUCUAGAGUUCAGAUGUGGAAGAUCCAUGGUUUUCUCACCAGUGACUGCCCCUCCACUCGAGGAUAAUUGGUCUGCGUGUAUUCACGGUUGGUUGUGGGUCAGAUAUUUUGCCUCGAAAUGUGCAAAGCAAAACAAGCUUCUGAUCAGGUUUGAAAUCACUUCUGUUUUUUAAAUGGAAGAGACCUGAAGUUUAUUGGCACAACACUAUAGCUGCCCAAGCCCUUUUCUUAUCAAUGAACCACAAUUCAUUGACGCCUGCAUUUCAGGUCUCUUGUUUUGAAAAAAAACAGAAUAGAGUAGCCUGUGUUUCGAUUUGAGAUCGCUCGGUUUUACGGCGGGGGUGUUUUUCGCAAUGGCCCCUUCCACAUGGCCAUGAAUGAUCAAGUUGACCUUGAUCUAAUUAUAGCCACUUUACUUCUGACAUUGAAACGCGCCUGUCAUUCUUUUGUAUUUAAACAUUUCUGGAACGUCACCAAAUAUAUUAUGUGAAUGCUAAUAAAUGUCGCGUUCUGUUUAUAUCAUUCGAUGAUCGGUUCGAAUGCGAGAGAAAUGCGAGAAAAUGCAAAGUGUGAAUCCACGGUUUGUCGAGAGACCGUGUUUGCUGCCUAGUCGAAAUCGGUAUAGAGUUAAUAUUUUCUCCAACAUUGUCUCCGAGACUCUACUUUACGUCACAGGUGGAAUUCUUUCGGUAUAAAAAAUAUAAUAAGAAACUAGCCCAUCGUUCUAAGAACAAAAAAUAAUAUUACGAGAAAAAGAAAUAAAGAUAUAUAAUUGCUCACAAAGUUGGAUAUACGCAAGCAAGAUAAUUUCCGAACUUUCUUUACUAUCUGGUUUAUUCUUCCAUGAUGUUCUGUAUUAUACAAAAUAUAAUAAAUUAUCUUUAGUAGUUAUAAAAUUAUAUAUUGUAUACGCGUAAAUUGUAAAAUACGUUUUAUAUAUUGUAGUAUAAAUACAUUUUUCGUUUACUUCCGAGUCGUCUACUUCAAAAUUAUAUUCUGAUAUCUCUUGUUGUAUUUUGUAAAAUUAUAAUUACCUACUAUUGCAUACAAUACUGUACACUGAAUUUUGUGAGUGAAUAUAAAUAAAAAAAGGGAGUAGAGUAUUCGGAACAAAGUUGUUUCCUACAUAUAAUUAGGCUAGGCUUGCAACGCUUUACUGUUUUAUUCGAACAAAAUGGACAAAGCUUUUAUAAGAACAACUAUUACUAAUUAGUGUUAAAACUUCGAAUAAUGAGGUUGUUAUGCGCGAAGGUAAAAAUACACGUUUUGAUGAACCUGCGGGGAAAAUUCCAUACUAAUUGAUGUUGCCACUGGGUACUUCUUUUCCAGUGACUGUGUCUGUGCAAUGUACUGAUCACGGUAGACAAACAAUGUCAAUGUUCUUUGGGGAAAAAACCUGAUGAAGCCUUCUGUUCUGCUUGCAGAUGUUCAGAAUAAUACUUGUUGCGCGUUCGAUUUCUAUACGGUGAUAAAAAAUCUACUGAUCAGACUUGUAGUGUUGAAUAUUAUACUCGUGAGAUGUUCUUUAGAGAUACGCGCUUCUAACAGGGAAAACAAAAGAAAACAGGGUUCAGCGUUACUUUGAUUUCGAGUCACGUCGCUGUGUAAUGCCAAUUCGUAAUUUAAAAAAAAAAGGAGAAAAGAAAGAAGAUGAAAAACUAUCUAAUCCAUCUAGCAUUAAGCUGCCUUUAAAUCUGUUUUUAAUAUCCUUGUAGUCUUUGUUGUAUCUCACAGUAGUGUCAAACUGAUUGACGCUGAAAGAGUACAGGGGACAGUUGGUGAGUGUAUAUAUGUGUAUAGAGUAAAUAAGUGAGAAGGAAAGAGCAGGAAUCGAUGUUUAUACUGUUAAGCAUACGAUAAACAAUAACAUAUAGUCUUAAGUAUGUAUUAUAUAGAUAUAUUUAAAGAAUAAUGUUGACAACUGUGAGUGGUUACUGUUCUUUGCAUGAAAUUUUCUGUUAUAUAUGCAUUGCAUUUUUCUACUAUACAUUCUUGGAAUCAUUUGAAAAAAACAUUUUCUUUGUUACUAUAAUCAUGUCUUUCAAUGACAGUUUAUUUUCAUUACUUUUAAUAAAAAUGAUUAAAUACAUAAAAUUAUUAUUAUAUCUCAAAAAGUUAAUCAUCAAUAAUCGUCAAUAAUAUAACUACAUCACACUACAUUUAAUACCAAUGUGUUACGUACAGAAACCUUUGGCAAAGAACGGAAACUGUGAACACGUACUUUGUUCUCUGAACUUAUUACACUUCAUGCAUUUAAAGAAGCGUUAAGUAGAAGAUAAGUAUUUAUUACUAUUAUGUAGUUAUUUGUACUAGAUACAAAAACGUACGUUACGUAGGUAUCUAAAAAGUCAAGAAUUAUGUGUACCAUAAAAAAGACGUGAACUUUCAGAAUAAGAAUAUGGAAUCCUUAUUUCUGAGAUUUUACGAGCCAGAUACAAUACAGAAACGAAGCGCCGUUACAUUAUUAAGUCUACCUACGUGUACGUACCUAAUAAUACUGUGCUACUGAAAAGUUGAUCAGACGAGACAUCUUGUUUAGAUGCGACCUUCGUCAAUAUCGAAGCAGGUCUAAAUAUUGAUAUUAUAUGAUCGGUAAUGUGCUAACAUUUACUGUCUCUAUUGCGGAUAAAUCGCUACAGAAUUGUCUUUUGAGCAGUUCACAAACUGUGAAAUGUAUCAGAAAUAAAUACCAUUUAGAGAACUAUGAAA